AUGCGUUGUGUCAUUCACAGUCUAAAGCCUAUUCUUGCCAACAUUGUACUUACACUGCCAAGGACAAACUAUGAGUUAAACCACCAUAUGAAGAGACACGAGCCGCGUUCUUGUUCUCAGUGCAGCUUUGUUUGCUAUUCCAGGGCUGAGCUCAAGAAGCAUGUCUUUACACAUUCUUCCUUUGGCUGCACAGAGUGUGACUUCACCACCAGUGAUAGAGCCGAGUACACGAGACACAUGAAGAGGCAUACACCGAUCCAACAUCUGUGCUGUGAAUUGUGCGGCUAUUCCUGCGACACCAUGAAAAAAUUUAAGUACCACAAACUGAGACACGACAACAAGACGCCGUAUCAGUGCCAAGACUGUGAUUAUCGGUGCAGUUCCCGGGCCAGUUUCGACUGCCACCGAUUAAAACAUGCUGGUCUCAAACCGUACCUGUGUUCUUUCUGUGGUGCUUCUUUCAGAAAAACAUCUCAUCUGAACCAGCAUUUGCUUAUUCACAAAGAUGAGAAGGCGUUCAAAUGUAGCGAGUGUAACUAUUCCUGCCGCACCAAGCAUAACCUCAAGGAGCAUGAGAUGACCCACUCCGGAGAGAAGCCGUUUUCUUGCAGAUAUUGCAGCUUCUCCUGCCGAAGAAACAAGGCCUUACAGCUUCAUAUGCUGAAGCAUGACAGCAGCGGCAUGAUGGUUCCAUCCUUGCAGAUGUCAACCAUGGGGUUUCCGCAUCUACAAAUACCACUGCAGAUGCCUAUCAUGCCUUCAUAA